GCUACUUAUGGCCAUUAGAUAUGAAACUGAGAAAAAGAGGCAUCCGCCAUCGCCUUUCGCACCAUCAUCUCUCGCUCUCGCUCUCGCUCUCAACGGGAACUGGAGGGAAAAUAAGAAAUUGGGGGUUAGGGUUUGCUAAAACGACAGCGGUUUGUGUAAUUUAUAAAACAAAUAAAAGACGAUUAUCGAAACCGAAUUCUCAAUAAACGAUUUCAUUCCAUAUGGGAACACACUAAACC